CUAUCGAACUUGACGGACGCGAUAGGAAGCUAGUCGCCAGCGGACGCACAAAGGGAGUGGACGGAGCUGCAGCGAUGGGGAUCAAACUGUACUACACCACCGUUACUGCCUCGCGGACGGUGAAGUCUCAGCAGGCGGAGAUGAUAAGAAUCCUCGACAGUAAAAGCAUCCAGUACGAGCUCGUGGACAUCUCUGUGGGCGGCGAGCUCCGCGAUGAAAUGAGGAGCAAAGCGGGGAACCCCACGGCGGCCCCUCCCCAGCUUUUCAACGAAGAUCAGUACUGCGGGAACUAUGAAAUGUUUUCCGAGGCGGUGGAAGCAGAUACUGUGGAACAAUUUCUGAAAAUGGCGUGAGGAGGGUGGAGUGGAAUGCUCCAUCUUAACCCCAUUCCCCCCAACUACCCACCUACCCACCUACCCUGCACCCCAAGGGAGGCCCUUUAUCCCGUCUCUCUCUGCACCACUGGCAGUGUCCACUCACUUUCAAUGCCAUAAUGAAGAAUGCCAAAUAUCUUGUAUCCAACUAAUCAGAAGACACACAUUCCCCCUCCUGCACCGUUACACUCUAAAUCAGUCUUAAUCAUCUUAUUUUCAUGUGUAUUGUUCUGUUCUUUCCUUUGAUUUCUUUCAGACCUUCUCCCUGUCUGACAGACUAGUGUUACUAAGUGCUCCUAGUCCACUAGGAAUCAAUGGAGCAUCUAAAUGUGCUGUAAUUAGGUCGACUAAUCUUGGCCGCGGCCACAUGAUCGCUGGAGAUUAAACUAAUCCACUGGAUGACAACAUUCAGCCCAGAAUCUUCCUGAUCCUCUGCAGACCAAACACACCGUCAUCACCCAGUCUUAACUACUCCGUCGUCUUUUUCUGCAGCCUUCAAGUUCCCAUGUCGCGCAUGAGCGCACGCUCUUUGUACUUCACAUGGAUGCAAAUGCACACAGAAGUAGCAAGGACGGUGACGUCCUUAAACCCAGUCAAUGAAGAAUUCUAGCAGCUAAAGGACGUCUUUCUGGCGUGGAAUGCGUUUUGUAAUUUUGGUCCAUUGGUCACAUUAUUCGAUAAAUGACGAGAGGUUUGGUUCUGGAGCGGGAGCCCACUGCACUGAUCUGACCAGCUUCAAGGGGCGAUAAUGCGUUUCUUAAAAAAAUGCGCUAUCCUUGAGGUCGACCAAACGCUUUGAGGGCCCUACCUUACUUAAUAUUUGAAAUUGUGCGCUGUUUACGUCCAGCUUUGCAAGCUUGCAGUAUUCUUCCUCUCUGGUUUUGAACACACUGCUUGUGUUUGUUGCCUGGUGCUGCCCCCAACUGAUGGCAGGAGUACGUAUUGCCUGUGGAAGCACUCGUAAAAACAUUGCUCCAUAGCGCCACGAGCGGUCAAAAACUCCACAGGAUACCUUUAAGCCCAGUUACGGAAACGUCUAACAAAGAUAAAGCCAGUUGAUAUAUUAAUGAAAUCUAUAGAAAAUAAAAAAGGUCAUAUCACACACUUGGUAAUAAUACUUUGGCAAUAUUUCCUUGUGGAUAGCAUCUAUCUGUGAACCUCCACAUCAGAAACAGUGUCUUUUUAGAAUCUACCACCAGGGGGCGCCUCAGAUGUCAGUCAGAAAUGUUCAGAUCGUACACAUUGUAGCUGUGAGUAAUGAUGUCCAGGGCUGCAGCUAUCAUGCUGAAUUGAAACUUACACAUGGUGGGCAUAUUAUUGCCCAAUUCCUGCAUUCUGUGUAUUUCAAUUUUACUACAUAGACCAACAAAGUUAUUCAGUAUUUCCCUCCCAAAUUUAUGUUCAACGUGGAAACAUAAUUGAACAGGUGAAAUAAUAGUUAAAUAAAUAAAAUAUGAAAAAUCCAAAUAAUUGGACACUUUUACAGACUUUUGAAACGUGUUUCAUUCGGGAG